AUGGAUUCAUUAGCAAUCGUAACUAGUUUCAAUGGUCCUCUAAAAAAUGAUGUCUAGAAGUUUGUUUAAUCCACAUUGUAAAAAGAAUUGGAUAAAAUAACCUAUGAUCACAAUGAUGCCUAGCUUAAGAGCAAUAAAAUCUGUGAUUCAAUUUUGAAACAUUUAACAACUCAAAACAAAAAUUUCAAAUUCAUUGUUAACUGUCUCCUAAUGUAGAAGGCUGAGUGUGGUCUCAACAUUUCAGGGUCCUGCUUUUGGGAUAACGAUACUGAUGGAUCACUCACCAUAAAACAUGAAACUGAAGCAAUUAUAGGCAUAGUUAAUGUAUUUGCUUGUGCCCUAUGA